CAAACUCCAAAAUUUCCUCAUUUUCAUUUGGAGUGGUGGUGAUGAUGUUCUUUUGAUACAAUGUAAUGUACAAACAAGUGCUUUCAGCAUUUAAGGUGUAAGAGAACACGAUACACAUUAAGAACUCUUUCUCCGACACUAAAGACAGACUCAGAGGCCACAAGAGAGACAAGUAUGUCAAACACAUCUCUUGUCAUGCUUGCAAGAGUUGAGAAUCGGCCUGAGUCUAGCUUCUACCAAUUCAAAGCAUCCAAAUCCAGUAUCUUUAACAUUCUUCAGUAUAUAUCUAAUUCAGAUGUACCAGAGGCAGUGGGUGAGAUUGCGAAUGCGAGAGUGUGCACUUCAAGUAACUUGUUGCCUAUGGAAAAUCAGGGUGGGUUAAACCCAAACUAUUUUUAAAUUGGGACAGGUUUUUGUUGCAACUCGGUUUAAACACAAAAUUGCGUCUGGUCAAGUUGGUUACAAUCCUGUACAUCCCAAUCCCAUUUUUUUGCACACCCGUCAUAUGAUUGAAGGACUCGGUUAACAGUUCCCAGUGCUUAAACAAUGGAAUCGCACCUUCUGGUGGGACCCAUAUCCGUCGCAUGCUAUGGUGGCGCCGCCCACUUUCACUCCGCCGCACCCUCCACCUGGGCCAGUCCUCCUCGCCGGCGGUCGCCACUCGUCGUGGCCUCCUGGUCGUCCGCGGCCGUCAACGGCGGCCAGAACCACCACGCCAUUCUUGGCGUCGCCCGCACUACCACCACCGUCCAAAUCAAACGCUCUUAUCAGCUCCUCGCCCGCAAGUAUCAUCCUGAUGUUAGCAAGGAUCCACAGGCUGCUGAAUUAUUCAAGAGCAUCCAUGAUGCAUAUAAAGUACUAUCUAAUGAAGCAGCAAGAGUUCAGUAUGACCAAGAACUUCAAUUCGGUCACAAGCCUUACAGAGAAAAAUGGAGUUACGGCCCUGAAUUUGAAGAUCAGGCUAGAUUCUAUAGGUGGGACCAUCUGAGGAAAAAAAUGGAUAGUGAAAGAUAGUGGGAGAAUUACAAUGUCAAUGAGGACUACUACACCAGUGAAACAGAUGAGGAAGAAGACGAAGUAGUAGAUUUAGAUGAAGAGAGGGGUUCUUUAGUUGAAGUGCUUAGAUCAGCAUUCGUGUCAUUAUUUUUGCUUCAGACACCUGGAUCCCGCUUCUCACUCACAUUCAGCAGUCUGACAGCAUUGUUUGAUAAGAAGUUAGACACCGGCUAUAAAAUGGGCUAUAUAAUAACAUGGAUUUUGGGUGGGAGGGGUGGCAUAUUGCUAACACUGUGCUUGUUAGUUGCAAGUUGGGUUUGCGGGAAAACCGUUGUUGCAUUUGUUGUGGUGGCCAUAUGGGUUGGCUCCUACCUCGCAAGGUAUGCACCACUUCCCCAAGGUGCUUUAUUGGCUCUUCUCUACAUGUCCAUUAAGCUACAAUCUGACCUAAUAUAAAGACAUUCCCGCACUGCAACUAGCAUUUCUUCUGAAUCUGUAGAUCUGACUAUAUUCUUUAUUAUGGUGUUUGUACAUUAUAAUAUACUCUGUUAAAUGUAAAUAAAUGUUAUUUAUUGAUUAUAAAUGAAGUGCAUAAACGGUUGAUGA